AAUUUGUUUCUGUAUUUGAUUCAAAAUUUAGCGCUUCAAUAUGGUCGUCGCUUCAGGUAAUCGCUAUGAUUGGUCGGCUUUUUUAUGGUGCGCGAACCGAGUUAAAAUUGAGCCCGACUUUGGCGAGACCUUGUUACUUGGAUCAUGGGUAGAAGGUCGCGGGUAUUUGUUGGUGACGCGAGGAACAGUAAAUAUGGCUGCUGGUUUUUGUGGUACGAAGAAGCAAAAGCUGAACAAUUCCUCCAGCAUUCAUUGUGAUGGAUCAGCUGUGAUACAAAAUGGAACAAUACGAAAUUCGCUAAUUGUACAUCCCGAAAUGGGCUUCUUCUGCUUCGACGUACUCUAUUGCCAGCUGCAUCAGCUUGACCCUCCAAAAUCGCCCAACUUUUGUAAUGAUGCAUUUCCUUUAUUUGUGACAUGGAGUAUUGGAAAAGAUAAACGACUUAGAGGUUGUAUAGGAACAUUUAAUGCAAUGCAAUUGCAUGCUGGACUUCGAGAAUACGCGGCAACAAGCGCUUUUAAGGAUUCUCGAUUUAAUCCGAUUUCACGAGACGAAAUGCCCAGUUUACAUGUCAGCAUUUCAAUUCUUCGUCAUUUUGAAGAUGCUAUGGAUUAUUUAGAUUGGGAAAUUGGUCUCCAUGGGAUUCGUAUCGAAUUCCAUGAUGAGAGAGGAAGCAAACGGACUGCAACAUUUUUACCUGAAGUUGCUAAAGAACAAGGUUGGGAUCAGACGCAAACAAUAGACUCUCUAUUGCACAAAGGAGGCUUUAAAGGUUCUGUAACUCAGGACAUGAGACGAAAUGUUAAAGUAACACGUUAUCAGAGUGAAAAAGUGACAGUGAGUUAUCAAGAGUAUAUGCAUCAUUGGCAGAGUCGAAGAUGCUAGCAGAUGGCUUGGGAUCAAUUCCAAGGUCCCGCGACCCUGAUUAAUUCACCAUCAAUGACAGUUCGUUACAAUAAUUCUGUUUCAAUCAAUCCUCAAUCCUUGUUCAAUGCAACACACCGCAAUGUUUUCAUGACCAAUAAUCAUCCUCCUUCUCAUCAUCAUAAUAAUCUCGUUAUGAUUCCACCGAAUCAUUCCUCUUUUAUCCAACCACUUCCUAUGCCCAGACCGGAUUGUCCGCCAUUUUGGUGGGAUCGUCCUGGACCCUCAUAUCUUCAACCUCACCUCCAUCCUCGAGUCAAUCGACUCUCAAAUCAGGAUACGACUGAACGUGAGGUGCGCAAACGAAAAUAACACUGGAAACGGAUCAUUUUGCUUAUUUUUCAUUGUUUAAAGUGGUGCCUACUUUAUUUUAUAUGUUUUUCAGCCUUCACAAUUAACGUAUACAAUUAAUUCUUUCAAGAAAUCCUUCAAUAUUAUAAUCUUCGACUCAAUUUUUUCUCACAAAUUUCAAAUCACUUUAAUGAGUGACGAUAAUUUAAAACUAUAUUUGAAACGACGUAAAAAUUCUUAUUUGAAGGAAGACUUCUAAAGGGGAAUUUUUGAAUACCAUAAAACAAAUAGUAAUUUUCGUAAUAAACAAAAAAUAAUUAGAAAUUUAUUUAAUCGCAUCGUAAUAUUAAUUUUACGACUUAAUUACGGGAUAUCAGUCUUUUUAUUUUUCUUUCUGAUAAAUGUAGAUUUUGCUAGUUGAAUGCACAUUUAUUACACUACUUGCGCGGUAAUUGUGCGACCCCUACUUUUUUAUGACUAUUAAAUAAUUAUAAACUUGAAAAAAAUAUUUAAAAAUUUUUCUUUUUUUAAAAAACUGAUAAAAUUUUGAGAAAAGACAAUUUAAGGUAUUAGUCGCGCAGCUGGCUCUGGUCAAAAGUUUACCGGGCCGCUUACUAGAGUGGGGCAGUGAGAGUGAGAGAGACAGUUUAACUCCCCACUCUAUUCGUUCGUAUGAAAAUUCAUAUAAUUUAGUUAUUUUUUUAACUUUCUGUCAAUAUAUUUAUAGCUUGGUGCGGUCAAGAAAUGUCAUGUUUUUUUUAUUCAUUUGUUUCAUCUAAUUGAAUACUUUGGUAGUUUUAUUUCAAAAUCUGACGAUUAGUUAUCAUAUAAAUAAUUAUUAAACAAAAUCAUUACAUGCAUUGGGUGCUCCCUCCAUGCAAAAUGUAUGAACUUUGAAUUCAUUUUUU